AUGCGAUCAGAGAAGAAAUCAUGUUCGCCACUCCUCUGUGACGAACUCAUCAACGAAAUCUUGUCUCGUCUUCCCGUGAAAACUGUGAUCCAAUUCAAGUGUGUGUACAAGGGAUGGAACUCCCUGAUGUCAGAUCCCUAUUUCAUCAAAUUGCACCUUAACAAAUCUGCUGCGAAGGACGAUUUGGAACACCUUCAACUGAUGAAAAAUGCCAGCCUCGGAUCCAUCCCUGAAAUCCACAUGGAAUCGUGUGAUGUAAGUUCAUUAUUCCAUUCCCUACAAAUUGAAACGUUCUUGUUCAAUUUCGCAAAUAUGCCAGGUAACCAUCUGGUUGGUUCAUGUAAUGGGUUGCACUGUGGGGUUAGCGAAAUACUAGAAGGAUACCGUGCUUGUUUCUGGAACAAGGAGACAAGGGUGAUAUCCAGAGAAUCGCCAACGCUGUCUUUUUCCCCGGGCAUUGGUCGUAGAACAAUGCUUGGGUUUGGCUAUGAUCCGUCAAGUGACAAAUACAAGGUUGUAGCAAUUGCAUUGACUAUGCUUUCACUUGACGUAUCUCAAAAGACUGAGAUGAAAGUUUAUAGCGCGGGUGACAGUAGUUGGAGAAACCUUAAAGGUUUUCCUGUUCUUUGGACUUUACCUAAAGUUGGUGGAGUGUAUCUGAGUGGAACCCUUAAUUGCGUUGUUAUUAAGGGAAAAGAAACCAUUCAUUCAGAAAUCAUAAUUAUUUCUGUUGAUCUGGAGAAGGAGACUUGCAGAUCACUGUUUCUUCCCGACGAUUUUUGCUUUGUUGAUACAAAUAUUGGAGUUUUUAGAGACUCGCUUUGA